AUGACUGACUUGUCAGAAAUCUUUGCGGAGUUGGGCAUCUCUCAUUACCUCCACAGCUUUCUCGAGCAAGGGUUUGACACAUGGGACACAAUACUGGACAUAACGGAGUCCGAUUUCGAUGCCCUUGGUGUGAAACUCGGCCAUCGUCGGAAACUUCAGAGGAAGAUUGCCAAUUCAAGGGGUCUGUCUUCAGAUCGGGCUCUUGCAUCACCCUCUAGCACGACGCCAGGUGACACUCAUGGAGAUGAACCAAAAGUAGGAGGAGGGAGAGACGCUAAGGAUGGAGGUAGUGGACCGCAUGGAGCGAAGCGAAAGUACAGAAGGCAUCCCAAAACAGACGAGAAUGCUCCAGAGCGACCACCGUCGGCAUAUGUCAUAUUUUCGAAUAAAAUGCGCGAAGAUUUAAAGGGGCGAAAUUUAUCCUUCACAGAAAUAGCCAAAUUAGUAGGAGAGAAUUGGCAAAAUCUAUCACCAGCCGAGAAGGAACCAUAUGAGCAAUCGGCAUACAAAGCCAAAGAGCGUUACAAUAACGAAUUGGCCGAAUACAAAAAGACACAGAGUUUCAAAGACUAUUCACAAUACCUCGCCGAUUUCAAACAAAAGCAAAACCAGCAAUUAGCGACUGAGAUGGAUGUUACGAAAAGGCCCAAACUGGAAGCCCAUUUUAGUACAGCGAGCAGUGGAACAGCAAGUAGUGGUGGCAGUCAGACCGGGGCAGAAUUUCCCUUGGGUCGCAUGCGCGUAGAUUCCUCGGCGUCAUCGAUUUCUCCAUGGCAUGCAUCAACCUCACCCUCGUCCGCUGUCAUGACACCCACCAUACCGGGCUCGGCGAAUGGUCAUAAAGUACCAGGAAUACAAAGUAGGCUAGGUCCAGGGUCACCAACCGAGAUGCCGAAGGUCCUCCCUGGUUAUCGCGAGACCAUGUUGGGGUCAGGAGGGUCACCGAUCGAUACGCCGAAGGUUCUUCCUGGUUACCGAGAGUCUAUCUUGGGCCCAGGGGCUCAGCAGUGGCGAGAAGAUCAUCGAGAUGAAAGCAGCAUUGCGCAACAAAUGACUCACGCAAAUAGCAUCGAAGCGCGCUUCGGCCAAUCAAGCCCCGCCACUGCCGGCAUGCAAGAUCAUUCGACCUCGAAUGAUUCCAAACAUCAUCGCCGCAAUCCCGAAAGUAACCAAAAUCCUCCUCCGCCAUCACUUACUUCGGAAUCAACUGUACAAUCCUCUGGCUCUGUAGCCAGUAACUCCUCCAUGUACCCCGGACCUCGAACCCCAUUAGAACCGGAUUUGAACCGAGCUCUUCCCAUGCCUUCAUUAUAUCCUCAGAAAUCUGGAAGCUACGACGGCCAAUUACCAUUUCUAUCCGGUCAUCCAUCCUUAUCACCCCAGAACUCCCUACCCGGAUCUCAACAAUGUACCAAUGUCAAUCAAAUCAAGGACUUUUCCACUACAAUGCCACCGAUUAGACGAUAUAGUGAAGUUCCCCAGAGUCUCUCGAACACUAUGGACAGUAUAAUGGGCAGAUCCAACAAACACACGUCUGAUAGUUCGCAUCCUCAACCAGUAAAUAAUUAUGUUUCGACCGCGGAAGAGAUCGACCUUGACCCUAUCAAUGCCUUGUUGAGGGCGGGAGAAAUUGUGAAUCGUACCAGUCGCGAAAGACAAUUUUAA